AUGUUUUUAAAAAAAAUAUUUACCCUGAUUUUUAUACGACAAGAUAAUCAAAUACUUUUAGGUUUAAAAAAGCGAGGUUUCGGUCAAAACAAAUGGAACGGGUUUGGUGGUAAAGUAGAGCUCAAUGAAUCCGUUAUGGAAGCAGCGGUUCGCGAAUUGAGAGAGGAAUCUUGUUUGAUGUGCAAAACAACCGAUUUAAAGAACAUUGGUCAUUUAGAAUUUACAUUCGAAGGUGAUUCUACGAUGAUGGAUGUAAGAGUCUUCUCGUCCAGUAUUUUUGAAGGAACACCGACAGAAACUGAAGAAAUGAUUCCAAAGUGGUUUGACUGUGAUAAGAUACCGUUUCAUGCCAUGUGGCCAGAUGAUAGUUUGUGGUUUCCAUACAUGCUGCAGGGUAAACUGUUUUAUGGACGUUUCCAUUAUCAAGGUUUUGAUAAAAUUUUGAAUUACACUAUUGAGGAAUUGGAAUCUAUGGAGACAUUUUAUAACAAAAGCAAGUAA